GUAAGAACAGAAAUUAAAUAGCUUUUGUUCCAGAGAGAGAACUGAUGUGCAUAAAUUGUGUAUAGAUACUAGCUCUUCAGCAAAGAGUAGUAGAUCAACAAUCAGACUAUCAAGAGCAAAUAAAGAACCUAAAAGCAGAGCAUGAACAGGCUUUAGAAACAGAAGGCAAAAAAUAUCAACGUCGAUUACUGAGCCUUCAAGAAAGGCUUAAUGCAAAGGACAAAGAAUACGCAGAACUACUCGAAAAGACCAGCACAGAUGAAGAAAAGGAUAGGCUGAUUGAAUCUCUAAGAUUAAAAAUCGCCGAUAUGGAACGGGCAGUGGAGCGGAAUGAACAGCCGAUAAAAGAAAAAGAGGCGGACAAUUCCGAAGGGGUUAUAGAAGAUUUAAAAGUGAAUCACCAGACUACUGCAGAUAUAACGGAAUACAUAAAAAGUGAGCAAGAUUACCAAGCCCGAAUAGCUGAACUUGAAGAGCGAGCACAGCAAUAUAAAAAGAGGCUAGAUCAGGUGAUAGCAGGGCAUGACGCUCAUAUCCAGGAAAUAACGGAAAAGUUCAUGUCGGAGGCUCAGCAGUCAGAAAUGUCUCACCAGGCAAGGAUUCAAAAUCUUCAGUCAGAGCACGCCGAUACCUUGCGAGAGCUUCGUGAACAGCAUCAGACAGAGAAAGAGGUAUGGUCUAUCGAGCAAAACGCGGCUAUAGAUGAGUUACGUCGUGCGCUAUGUUUGGAGAAGGAAGAUGCGAUGAGAGAAUUAAACAAGGAAUGGAAAGAAAAGUACGAUGACUUGCAUGCUUCCAUGUCCAAAGAUUCUAUGGAAAUUCAAACACAUUGGGAAGCCAAGCUAAAAGAGGCAAAAAGUCAGUAUGAAGCCAAAACAGCUCGUUUACAAGGUGAAAUAGAAGUGAUCAAAGAUCGGCUUGGAAAAGAAAUUGAUAGAAGAAAACAAAACCAAGCUGCUCUAUCUGAGUGUCUAACGCACAAUGACAUACUACAGAUUAAGCUCAAUAACUAUCAGACGAUUUUAAAGCAGCACCUUUCUACAGAAAGAGAAAUACACAAGGUAUAUUGUGAUGAGCCGCGACCUGUGCACUGACUAGUCUUUUUUAUAUAUAGCUGAAGAGACUGCAACAAAUGUCUUUCAAAAAAGCCAAGGAUAUCCUAAACGCUGUAUCUCCAGAUACUCAGUUAAGCCCAAGCACUGAUUUACCAGAGCUAUUACAGCUCAUUCUUCAUAAAGUACUGGUUGCAUAUUUGUAUAAUCAAGUGUAUCAGGUUCCCGAGGAUGAUAUACAGUGAAGGUAUACCUAGAUUUCGUAUCCUUUUUAAUAUUUUAUACUGAGUUUGAAUAAAACACUUAC